AUGGAGUAUUGCUCUCAUGGGGAUGCAAGGGAUUUGAGACACAUCCGAGAUCGUCCCCAGUUCGUCUUCUCGUUCGACACGAUCAUCUAUUGGUCAAUCCAAUUAUUCGAUGCGUUGACCUAUCUCCAUUUUCAUUCAAUCAUUCAUCGAGACAUCAAACCGAGCAACAUUUUCGUCACAAAGCAUUUCGUGAUGAAGCUCGGCGAUUUUGAUACUUGUUCAAAGAUGGUCGAAGAAUGGCCAUCAUUGGGAUCUCCGAGAUAUAAAAGUCCUGAGCAACGAAUCGAGAAUAGAGAUGGGGAAAUGAAAGAUUCGGAGAAGUUGUUGAAAACGACAUGGGUACACGAGAAGAAUGAUGUUUAUGGGAUGGGAUUGGUCAUCUACGAGUUGAUUCAGAGAGAACGCUACUGCAACGAUGAGGACGGAGAAACAGUCCAUUGUGCAAGGGUGAAAGCAAAAAUGCAUUGUGCCGUUAAACCGUUUGUUGUCCCAAAUUGUGACGAUGAACAACUGAAAUCGAUAGUGGAAAAAUGCAUUCAUCUUCUACGAAGUGAGCGCUGCUCGGCGAUCGAGGCCUUUAAAGCACUGAAAGCUUUGCCCCUCAACUCUCCCUAUAUUUCUGUGGAUAUGAACGUGCAAAAGGUUUAUCUACCAAACAAAUUUCACGUCUACGAUUCAAAAUAUCAGCUGAUUCGACCAAAAGUCAAAGAUGAUGUGAAAAUAGCAUCCGAUCAACCAAAAACCACACUUGAGAACACGAGCGAUUUCCAGUUUAUCGAUGGCUUCAAGAUUUUCAAG